AGUUUUCAAGCUUAAACAAAGGAAAAGAAGGCAUUUAACCAAAAAAUAAAAAAAUAAAAGAAAUCAUUCUCCAAUUACAAGAUUGAUUCACCAAAAACAGUGUAAAACUUCGAAAAUAAAAAGUCUACUGUCGAAAUCGAGGGUUUGAUCGAUCCAAUUUUCUUCAUCUUUUUUUUUUUUUUUUUUUUUUGUGUUUGGUUUUGCCUCUUCAAACCAUUGUCAUGAACUGCGAAGCGUGCCAACUCAAAGAACUGGAAGUGGAGCAUUUCGAAAUAAGUGAGGUUUUGCGUUGCAUUUUGCAUACGAUAGUGUUUCUUAGAGCAUUAGGUCUAGUUCAGCCCAAAGACGUUGAUUUGGAGCUUUUUGAAAUUACUUAUGUGCAAUGUGGGGUUGUGGAAGUUGAGAAGAAAAUAGAUGAGAAGAUUGAGCAUUUCAUAAGUUGGGUAGAAAAACAUCCCAAUAAGAAAAGCCAGAUAUGCUUAUCCUUUUAUGAGGUGAAAAGCAAGCAGCCAUCUUGGUUCACUAACAAAACCGAGAGACUAUAUUGGGAACAAUGGUAUGUCAAUUUGAAUGUGACUCAACGCCCAAAACCUUAUUCAGGCAAGUCUCAUCAUACCAAAAUGGUUGUUGACCCAGGGGAGAGUGCUUCUGAGGAGAGAAGCUCUCGCAGAGCAAUGCUUGAAGCAUCUCUUGGAGAGGUUCUGUCUCAAAUAAUAAAGUUUGUUAAUGAGAAGAAGGACCAUGUGCCCCCUAUAUCCGAGGGUGUCAUCUAUUUUCCAUAUGAAAUUACCAUACCAAGGAAAUUUCAUUGAGGAACAUGUUUAGAAUGGUGAGUUAAUAUUGUGCUGCCAUUACUCAGUUCACCAGAUUCUGCUUUCGGAAUGGACAUGAUCAAAAGGAUGCUCCAGACCGGGCAUCCAACAAUGCUCAGCUGAUUAUCAGACAGGGCAAGCUAAUUGAACUUAGAGUAAACAGUUUCUCCACUUGGGAUAUUCUUAAAUGCUCGAAUUGAACUCGUAGCAAAGUGCGGAACAGAUGAAAACCAAUCAACAAGGCAAGCAAGGUUUGAAUAUCUGAACAUAUAAGAGCUAGGUGCGUGAUUGAAUCCAUUAUCUUGUAAAUAUUAGCUCGUUUAUAUCAUUUUCCUUUCCUUUCUUGAGAUCCUUACCAUUCAAUGAAUGAUACUUUUACUUGUUCAAUGAACCUAUGUACUAGUCUUAUUUGAGUUACAUCACACUGAAUUAUUUCUUGACAAAAUUUUGCCCCCAAAGUCAAAGCAACUUGUCAAUUCAUCAUCGCACAAAUCACAAAAUACGACUGUUCCGACCAUUUGAAAAUGAUGUCAAACCAACAUGUUACUUUUUGUAGGAAAGAUAUUUUUGAAACAAGCACAAUCAU